AUGGGUGUCCGGACCUCAGGCAUUGCUAUUUUCCUAACUCUUUGGGAGGCUUAUGUGUGUCCAAGAAGCUCCGGAUGGACAGAUUUCAUCCAGCAUUUGGGAGUGUGCUGUUGCGUUGCUUUCAUUUCGGUGGGCCUCCUCUCCGUGGCCUUCUGCUGGUUUCUGUCCUCGGUCACAGCGCUCACCGCCUCCUGGAUUAUCACGUGUGUUCUGCUGUGCUGCUCCAAGCAUGCUCGGUGCUUCCUUCUUCUCGUCUUCCUGUCUUGUGGCCUGCGUGAGGGUAGGAAUGCUUUGAUUGCAGCUGGCACAGGGAUAGUGAUCUUUGGACACGUGGAAAAUAUUUUUCACAACUUUAAAGGUCUCCUAGACAGUAUGACUUGCAAUCUGAGGGCGAAGAGCUUUUCCAUACAUUUUCCACUUUUGAAAAAAUAUAUCGAGGCAAUUCAAUGGAUUUAUGGCCUUACCACUCCACUAAGUCUAUUUGAUGACCUUGUUUCUUGGAACCAGACCCUGGCAGUCUCUCUGUUCAGUCCCAGCCACAUCCUGGAGGCACAGCUAAAUGACACCAAAGGGGAGGUCCUGCGUGUCUUGUACCAGAUGACAACCACAACAGAGGUGGUGUCCUCACUGGGUCAGAAGCUCCUUGCCCUCACAGGGCUUUUGCUGGUCUUACUUGGCACUGGCCUCUUCAUGAAGCGAUUUUUGGGCCCUGGUGGUUGGAAGUAUGAGAACAUUUACAUCACCAGACAAUUUGUUCAGUUUGACGAAAGAGAGAGGCAUCAACAGAGGCCCUGUGUCCUCCCGCUGAACAAGAAGGAAAAGAGGAAGUAUGUUGUCAUCCCGUCCUUCUGGCUGACUCCUAAAGAAAGGAAAACCCUGGUGUUGUUUUUCCUCCCCAUCCUCACCCAUCUCCACCUCUGGGUGCUGUUUGCAGCCGUAGAUUAUCUGCUGUAUCGGCUCAUUUUCUCAGUGAGCAAACAGUUUCAAAGCUUGCCAGACUUUGAGGUUCACUUGAAACUGCACGGAGAGAAGCAAGGGACUCAAGACAUCAUCCAUGAUUCUUCCUUUAAUAUAUCUGUGUUUGAACCCAACUGCAUCCCGAAACCAAAGCUCCUUCUGUCUAAGACCUGGGUUCCUCUCAGUGUUAUUCUUGUGAUACUAGUGCUUCUGGGACUGUUGUCCUCCAUCCUGACGCAGCUUAAAAUCCUGGUGUCUGCAUCUUUCUACCCCAGUGUGGAGAGGGAGCGUGUCCGGUACCUACAUGCAAGGCUACUUAAGAAAAGAUCACAGCCGCCACCGGGAGACGUUAAAAGCAAACUAAGUCUGUACCUUAGGGAGAUUCAUUUCUGGCUUCCAGUCCUGAAAAUGAUCAGGAAGAAACAAGUGGACGUUGUGAGUGAAGACAGCCCAUGAGCGAUCUGUGUGGUUCUCCAGCCACACUGCACCAGAAAGUCUCCGCAGAUCACUAUUCAUGCCCAACAACACAGAACUGUAUUCCAGGUUCUAUCAGGUGUCUGAGUGUGCAGGGUCACCUUGAGUCACCUGUUUGCAUCUCCUUUGUCUUUUUUUUUUUUUGCAUCUCCUUUGUCUUAAAGCCAAAGCACUGCCAGGUAAAUAGUUACAUGGUCUGUCCUCCAAACAAAGCAGAUGACCUGUCACAGGGUUAGGUAGGACUCUAAAGAGGUCCCUUGGUGAUGAGUUUCAGCCUAGAGUAAUAUUCAAAGAAAAAAACAGAAAAAAAAAAAGAAAACAAUUGAAAUCUGCACUGCAAUUUCACGAACAAAUUCCAAGGAGAAUAUAAUGUGAAAAGCUAGCAAACUGUCUUUAAACUGUUACCUACUCCCACAAUUGUCUUUCUGCCUCCUGUCCCCUCAUUUAGAAACUCUUUCCGGCACCCAUUUGCAGCCAUUCCUAAUUUCUUACCACCACCUCCAGUUUCUACUCCCUGUUUGCCUGGAUCUAUUUUAUUUUUUUCUUCCUCCAGCAAAUCCUCUAGCCUGCUAUUUACAGCAGGGUGGCCUAGUGACCAUAUACAUCAGAGUCAUAUAAAAU